AUGCACUCAUACAUUCCUUUCAUUGUCGGUGCCUUUUUGGCUACUGCUGUUCGAGGCUCUGCCAGCUCCUCUGGAGACCAUUCAGUUCUUCCUCAUCAUCUCACCUGCAAGCCCUCAAACGCUGGCGGGUGCGCAAGUUGCGGUGCAAAUUACGUCCAAUGUGGUCCUGAUACUUGCUAUAACCCAUCUGCCGGCGAAGUCUGUUGUUCAAGUCAAUAUUCUUGCCCCGCAGGCGCCACCUGCUCUUCUACGGGCACAGGUUGCAUUCCCAAGCACAACUCCCGCCGUGAUGCAGACUGCUCUGACGACGAUCAAGACUACGGUACAAGCAUGAAUAUGGUGUCAACUUCGUCUAACCCGACUUCUGUGUCUAUCACCAGCGACUCAACUACCAGCUAUACCACCACUGUCACUUCGACAACCACAAGUACCGUCACUGUGAGCGCGACGUCCUCUUCUGCGGAUGCUUGCUCUCUCAGUGCUGCAACAACCGGUCUACCCCUGACCACGUCGAUGGCGCCGUUUGGCAACGCUACUACGGUGGCUUUGGAUACAACCACCUCGACCCUGUCGGUGACAAACGUGUCCACGACCGCCCCUGCUUCUAUCUCCGUUCCGAUCAACGCGACAGUGGCCACCCAGAGCAUUGUCCCUCCCAUCACUGGGUACACGGGGGCUGCCACGGAUCUGCAGGGUCAAUCUUCAACAUCUCUGUUCGCUCUUGGUUCCUUGGUGUUUAUGGCCACUCUGUUGAUCUAG